AUGGACGCGCUGUUCUUCGCAGUCGCCGCAGCGUACGCCGUCGCGGCGCCGUACACGAAAGUCGAGGAGAGCUUCUUCAUGCAGGCCGCGCACGACGCGCUGGCGCCAGGGCUGGCGCUGGCGCAGUGGGAUCACGUGGAGUUCCCAGGCGCCGUGCCGCGGUCGUUCGUCGGGCCGCUGGGCGUGGCGGCGCUCGCGUGGCCGGCGUCGCUCGUGUGCAGCGGCACGGCGCUGCAGGUGGCCGUGCGGCUGGCGCUGGCGCUGGCGGUGACCGUGGCCAACGCGCGGCUGCGGCGCGCGGUCGGGGCGGCGUUCGGCGCGCGCGCGGCGUGGUGGUACGGCGUGCUCAGCGUCGCGCAGUUCCACCUGGCGUUCUGGGCGUCGCGGCUGCUGGCCAACACGCUGGCGCUGGUGCCGAUGCUCCGCAGCGAGCGCCAGCGCCACUUCCGCCGCAUGGCCGUUGCGCUGGCGUUCGCCGCCAUUGUCCUGCGCUUCGACUGCGCGGUGUUCGCCGCCGCCAUGGUCGGCUCGCAGCUGCGCAGCCUGACGCGCCGCACGCUGGCCAUUGUUGCGGCCUGCGCCGCCGGCUUUGUUGCGCUGACGGUGGCCGUCGACUCGGCGCUGUGGCGCGAGCCGUGGAUGUGGCCCGAGGCGCGCGGGUUCUGGUUCAACGUCGUCGAGGGCCGCAGCGCCGAGUGGGGGACGGAUCCGCCGCUGCACUACGUCACCCGGCUGCUGCCGCGGCUGCUGCCUGCCGCGCUGCCGCUGGCCGUUGCUGGCGCAGCGGCUGACCGGCGCAUCGCCCGGCUGGCGGCGCCCAGCGCGCUGGCCGUCGCCGUGUUCUCGGCCAACGCGCACAAGGAGUGGCGCUUCGUGCUGCCGGCCGUGCCCGUGGCCAACGCCUGCGCGGCCGCGGCCGUUGUGCGGCUCGGGGCGCGCCGCCUGGCCGCCGUGCUGUGCGCCGCCAGCGCGGCCAUGGCGCUGGGCAUGGCGUACGUGUCGGCCCACAACUACCCGGGCGGCCACGCGCUGGCGCGGCUGCACGCGCUGGAGCCGGCCGCCCACGCCACCGUGCACAUUGGCACGUACGCGGCCAUGACCGGCGCCACGCGCUUUGGCCAGACGCGGAGCGGCUGGGUCUACGACAAGACCGAGGGCCUGGCGCCCGGCGCCGCCUUCGCCAACUACACGCACCUGCUGACCGCUGCGCCCGCCGCCCACCGCGCGCACGGCUUUGAAGUCAUGGCUGAGCAGCGCGGCUACGCGGGCAUUGGCGUCGACCUCGGCCGCUUCCCGCCGCUGUGGAUCCGGCUGGAGCCGCUGGUGUGGGUCAUGCGCAACACGCACCAGCCAGGAUGUUAG